AUGCAGCUCUUCCACCGCCUGCUGGGGAUCUCUGCGAUCAAGACCACCCCACGUGCCAGAGAGUGGAGCAAGAGGAGCAAGAAAAGAGAGGAGCGAGAAAAGGGAGGAGCGAGAAAAGAGAGGAGCGAGAAAAGAGAGGAGCAAGAAAAGAGAGGAGCGAGAAAAGCUAGGAGCGAGAGGAAGGUAGAGAGGAGCGAGAGGGGCGAGAAAAGAGAGGUGCGAGACGGGCGAGAGGAGCGAGUAAAGAGAGGCGCGAGAAAAGAGGGAGCGAGAAAAGAGAGAGGAGCGAGAAGAGGGAGGAGCGAGAAACGAGAGGAGAGAGAGGAGCGAGAAGAGAGAAGGGCGAGAAGAGAGAGGAGCGAGAAGAGCGAGCGGAGCGAGGAGCGAGAAGAGAGAGGGGCGAGAAAAGGGGAGCGAGAAAAGAGAGGAGAGAGAGGAGAGAGAGGAGUGAGAAGUGAGAAGGACGAGAAGAGAGAGGAGAAGAGAGAGGAGCGAGAAAAGAGGAGAGAGAGGAGCGAGAAGGGCGAGAAGAGAGAGGUGCGAGAAGGGCGAGAGGAGCGAGUAAAGAGAGGCGCGAGAAAGAGGGAGCGAGAAAAGAGAGAGGAGCGAGAAAAGGGAGGAGCGAGAGGAUAG